GCCUUCAGUCCUGUGUUGAUUUUGCACGCACUCUCAAAGAUUGUGUGAAAUUUGGCUGGUUAGUCUAGUUUGCUUGUCACAUACAAAGAGAUGUUUUCUUAUUCAGACAGGCAAUUUGAAAUUAGACCGAUACGACUGAGUGUUUGUUAUGUGCUCUCCAGGGCCCUGACCUGAGUAAAAGGGUUAGAAAAUGGGCAGUUGUGCCAGGGCAGUAAUCUGGAGGUGUACUUUAAAAAAAUGAGAAUUAUGAGCCACAGAUUAGCAUUCCGGUCAGGUUUGAUUCCUACUUUCCAAGAAUUGUCACCAGGAUUGCCAAUCUUGCAGACUGAUCUUCGUGUGUCAUUUUGUUGCUCUGUAUAAACUUAACAGUCGAAUGAAUGGAAUCAAAGCAAUGACGGACGACAGGAACUCUAAGGAUCAGUUCCACAGGAUGUUUUCUUCCAUUAAGGAGUUGGAUAAUGGCCCAGUUUAUAUACGGGAAAAUGGAAAAUUACAUUUAGUCUCUGGUACUGGAAAUUUCUCAAAUGAAAGUCAGAACAUCAGUAAAAAGCCUCUUCGACUUUUUCAAAAAGGUUUUUCUGUCACUUUGGGACUUGAUGAUGGAGACAGAAGUGCUGGAUCUGAGAGAAAAGAUCACUUCAUUUUUGUCUACACCAAAGAAGGAAACCUGCGUUACACUGCAAAGAAACUCUUCGAUAUUUCAUUGGCAUUUAUAGCAGAACAUGUUCAGCACAUUGAUUCCCUUAUAGGGUUUCCUGAGCAAGUGGCUAAAAAAUUAUUUUUUGCUGUUGAAGAAAGACAGAAAUUUGUUGAUCCAAAUGUGGCCACAAAAGCAUUGUAUUUGUUUAACGAAGCCUAUGGGGAACUAAUGCUGAAAUCUCUUUGUUUAAGAAAUGGAUAUCUCCUUCUUUCUGAGAAACUGCAGGAAAUCAAAUCCUUUCAGGGUUUGUCAUGCCUGGAUCUUUCCAGCUGUAAACUUGGGGAUGACCAUGAUUUUCUUGACCAUCUAACCUCUGACAACUUGACCAGUCUUCUACAUCUGUCACUUCAGGACAACUGCUUGUCAGACAGAGGCUUGCGUAAGUUGACUGCACCAGUGAGAGUGAUGAAACGAGGGCUAAAUAAUCUGAAAGUGUUAAACUUGUCUUGCAACCCUCAUAUCAGUGAAGAAGGAGUUGGAUAUAUCUGUUGUUUUAAAAAACUGAAUUCACUGGAUAUCACUGGAACAGCUGCCAAGAUGUGCAUAUCUUUAAUGACAUUGCUUCAGUCUCAGCUGGGCUUGCUUGCUGUUGAAGUAGCAUUGGAAGAAUUUUCACAUGAAAAAUGCAAAACAGAAGGUUGGGCAGAGCAAGUGGUGUUACAGUGGAACAAUAUUGUGUCUGAAUCUACAAAUUCUAAACAAAUACCAGAGACAAGAAGAAUUGCACAACGCUUCUAUGGCACAGACAAGACACUUAAAUCAAAACUUGAACAAUUUUCUUUGGAACUCGCACACAAAGAAACAGCCAGCCAAAAUAAAAUGCAGUUCUGGAAAGCACCUUUACAAACCUUAAAAACCCCAGUACAGGAGAAAGAAAAACACACAAAAACCAAAACUGACAAAACCCUGAACAACAAAAAAAGAAGUUUAGAGAAUGAGGUAUGUCAGAAUAAUGAAGUGACGCAUAGAAAACGUCUGUGUAAUGUUAAGAUAACAUCAGAGGAUUGGGAAUUGUUAAAUAGCUAUUAAAUGUACAAGUGGAAAAGGUAACCAUUUUGCUAUUAUUCUUGUACAAUUAGAAUGGUUAAAUGAAUUAACAUUUCAAAAAUAUAUGCUGUGGAAUAUCAUUUCAUUUAUGAUGGAAGGUUUCCUUUUACAGAACCCUUCAGCUUCUGAUUAGUAGAUAAUAAUGUUUACUAUGUUAUGGUGGUCGAAACUUGUAAUGCAAUUCUGUAUAAAUUACAACACAUUUAAACAUAUUGCUUAGUUUGGAAGUGUUAAUUAAUUUUGUACUAUGACACCUGU